AUGCAUAUCUCGCUUUCUCUCGUCGGAGCUCUUCUCCUUGCUCAGGCUUAUGCUCAGGGCUGCCCAGCUGUCAGGCCUGUGACUACUGUCAUUACGGUGUCGGCUCUUCCUUCAAGCACCCCCAGCGUGGACACUGCUGCCCCUACAUCAACGAGCAUUGCACGAACUUACCCAGCUGAUGUCGUAGACCAGCUCCGUGACUCAAGCAUCACCAAACUCGCGAGUUAUCUGAAGCAGAAUCCCGCUAGCAACGGAUGCACUCUCGAAACGGCUUCCAUCCGCAAAGAAUGGACCGAUCUCUCCGUGGCCCAGCGCGAGGAGUACAUCGCCGCAGUGAAGUGUCUCCAGUCCGCGCCCUCCAAGUCCUCAGCGACCGAGAUCCCUGGCGCGCGGAGCCGUUUCGACGACUUUGUGGCCGUCCACAUCCAGCAGACCGACUCGAUCCACAACACGGCCAAUUUCCUAUCAUGGCACCGCUACUUUGUCUUCACGUACGAGAAGGCCCUGCGCGAGGAGUGCGGCUACACGGGCUACCACCCGUACUGGAACUGGGACCGCUACGCCAGCGACCCUGCGAGCUCGCCUCUGUUCAAUGGGAACGCCUCCAGUCUGAGCGGCAACUCCGUCAACGGCGGCUGCGUCACCACUGGCCCCUUUGCGAAUUUCCAGGUCAACCUCGGCCCGGGCAAGUCGCUGACGUACAACCCUCGGUGCAUGACGCGCGCGAUCAGCAAGAGCUACGCGGCGACUACGACGGCGGACAAGACGUACUCGCUGAUCACAGGCAGCAGCAGCAUCGGCUCGUUCCAGAACACGCUGCAGGCUGUUCCGGGCGUGCAUUCUGGCGGCCACUUCACAAUUGGCGGAACGCCGGGCGGUGACAUCUAUGCUUCGCCGGGUGACCCGGCCUUCUACCUGCACCACGCUAUGGUCGACCGUGUCUGGUGGAUCUGGCAGAUGCAGGACCUGGCUACUCGCUUGACCGCGGUUGCGGGCUCCGUGGCUGGAAGUAGCCGCCAGGGCUCGGCCAGUGAUACGGUUGCGCUGGGGGUGAAUGCUGGCUCUGUCACGAUUAGUGAGUUGCUGAACACGCUGGGCGGCCUAGAUGGCGAGUUCUGCUACAUCUAUGUCUGA